GAGGAUUGCUGGUCGAAACGUUACCGUUUAGGUGGAAAUGGAAGUCAUGUUUAUACAACGCAUUUAAUUUGGCAAUUAUGGUUUACGAAGACUGAGAAGAAAAAAACGAGCAUCGUCCAUCGAGAUCCAAAUCCUCAGUUUCAUUUUCAUCUCUCUCUCUCGUAUUGAUCAGCUACUCGAAACUCCGGUAACGGAUUUUCACAAUCCCGGCGGCGAAACUCUUCUUCCCGGCUAAGUUUUCAUUUUCUUCAGAUUCCUCGUAAAGUUGCCGGUGGACCAAGGUUUCUUAGUCGUUGAUCAGCUUACAAAUGAAAUUUGAAUAUAACAUGAUGUAAUUGAGCUCGUUUUCAUUUGAGGAUUGAAUUUUGUUGAUUGGCCUGUUUCGAAGAUGAAUUUGGUAUUGGUGUUUCUGAUUCCAUUUAGAAUUUUGAUUUUAGUCUAAGAACAUGAUCACACUAAGGAUUUUUGGUAAUCCUUUUGCUUAAUUUAAUUGAAUAUUGGAUUGGUCAUGUUGCUGUUGGGGUUUAAUAGUGGAAUCAGAUCGGAUUAUUGUAUAUGGUUCUGAAGUUAUAGUGGACAUAUGAGUAUGAUUCAGGGACAUGAUCCGUGCCAUAAGAGCAUGCAAAACAGCUGCGGAGGAGCGAGCUGUUGUAAGAAAGGAGUGUGCCGAUAUUCGAGCAUUGAUUAAUGAAGAUGACCCGCAUGAUCGGCACCGGAACCUUGCGAAACUCAUGUUUAUACACAUGCUGGGUUAUCCCACACACUUUGGGCAGAUGGAGUGCUUGAAGCUAAUUGCAUCUCCUGGAUUUCCAGAGAAGAGGAUUGGAUAUCUAGGGCUAAUGUUGCUUCUUGAUGAGAGACAAGAAGUGUUGAUGCUUGUCACAAAUUCGUUAAAACAAGAUCUUAAUCACUCGAACCAGUAUGUUGUAGGACUUGCUCUCUGUGCUUUAGGGAAUAUUUGUUCAGCAGAAAUGGCCCGUGAUCUUGCGCCAGAAGUAGAAAGAUUAAUCCAGUUUCGUGACCCUAAUAUCCGAAAGAAGGCGGCGCUUUGCUCUACUAGAAUAAUAAGGAAAGUUCCAGAUCUAGCAGAAAACUUCGUAAAUGCUGCUGCUUCCUUGCUUAAAGAAAAGCAUCAUGGGGUUCUUAUAACAGGAGUUCAACUUUGUUAUGAAUUAUGCACGAUUAAUGAUGAAGCCCUAGAGUACUUCAGAACGAAAUGCACAGAGGGACUGAUAAAAACUUUGAGGGAUAUUACUAAUAGCGCAUAUCAGCCUGAGUAUGAUGUUGCAGGGAUCACAGACCCUUUUCUCCACAUACGGUUGCUCAGGCUCUUGCGUGUUUUAGGCCAGGGUGAUGCUGAUGCUAGUGAUUUGAUGACAGAUAUACUUGCACAGGUGGCAACAAAAACUGAAUCAAACAAAAACGCAGGGAAUGCGGUACUCUAUGAGUGUGUUGAAACAAUCAUGGCCAUUGAAGACACCAAUAGCUUGCGUGUGCUUGCUAUCAAUAUCUUGGGAAGAUUCUUAUCUAACCGCGACAAUAACAUCAGAUAUGUUGCAUUAAACAUGCUGAUGAAAGCUAUCACUUUCGAUGAUCAAGCAGUGCAAAGGCACAGAGUUACAAUUUUGGAAUGUGUGAAGGACCCAGAUGCUUCUAUCCGGAAAAGAGCUCUUGAGCUUGUCACUCUUUUGGUGAAUGAAAACAAUGUCACACAACUGACAAAGGAGCUAAUUGAUUAUUUGGAAAUCAGCGACGAAGAUUUUAAGGAAGAUCUUAGUGCAAAAAUUUGUUUUAUCGUUGAAAAGUUUUCUCCAGAAAAACUAUGGUACAUUGAUCAGAUGCUCAAGGUUCUGUGUGAGGCUGGAAAGUUUGUGAAAGAUGAUGUGUGGCAUGCACUUAUUGUUGUCAUAAGCAAUGCAUCAGAGCUUCAUGGAUAUACAGUUAGGGCCUUGUACAAAUCAGUCUUGACUUAUUCGGAACAGGAGACCCUUGUCCGAGUGGCGGUAUGGUGCAUUGGGGAAUAUGGUGAUCUGUUGGUUAACAAUGUGGGGAUGCUUGGUAUUGAAGAUCCAAUAACGGUAACGGAAUCUGAUGCAGUGGACGUUAUCGAGGAUGCCAUUACUCGCCAUAACUCAGAUUCGACUACAAAAGCAAUGGCAUUGGUUGCUCUACUGAAGUUGUCAUCCCGCUUUCCUUCUAUUUCAGAGAGAAUUAAAGACAUAAUUGUGAAGCAGAAAGGAAGCCUUCUCCUUGAAAUGCAGCAGAGAGCUAUUGAAUACAAUUCUAUAGUUGACAGGCAUAAAAAUAUCAGGUCUUCUCUGGUUGACAGAAUGCCGGUACUGGAUGAGGCUACUUUCAAUGUGAGGAGGGCCGGCUCUUUUCCUGCAUCAGUUUCAACCAUGGCCAAGCCUUCAGUUAGCCUUCAAAAUGGUGUUGAGAAACUUCCUGUCGCUCCUCUUGUGGACUUGCUAGACCUAGAUUCUGACGAUAUCAUGGCUGCACCUAGUCCAUCUGGUACAGAUUUCCUUCAGGAUCUUCUCGGUGUAGACUUAGGUUCAUCGUCAGCACAAUAUGGUGCAACCCAGGCUCCAAAAGCUGGCACAGAUCUGUUGCUGGAUAUUCUAUCAAUUGGAACACCUUCUCCUGCACAAAACAGCACAUCAUCUAUUGGUUUAUUAUCAAUAGCUGACGUUAACAAUAAUCCCUCAAUUGCGCUAGACACACUUUCUUCACCAGCUCCACCUCACGUAGCAACAACUUCGUCCACCGGUAUGUUUGAUUUGCUAGAUGGUCUUUCUCCAAGCCCAUCGAAGGAAGCCACCAAUGGUCCAGCUUAUGCACCUAUUGUUGCAUACGAGAGCAGCUCCUUGAAGAUUGAGUUCACCUUCUCAAAGACACCAGGGAAUCUGCAAACGACAAAUGUCCAGGCUACUUUUACUAAUUUAUCUCCCAAUACUUUCACAGAUUUUAUAUUCCAGGCUGCUGUUCCAAAGUUCCUCCAGCUGCACUUGGAUCCAGCUAGCAGUAACACACUCCUGGCAAGCGGUAGUGGUGCCAUCACGCAGAAUCUAAGAGUCACUAACAGCCAGCAGGGGAAGAAAUCUCUUGUGAUGCGCAUGAGGAUUGGGUACAAACUGAACGGAAAAGAUGUAUUAGAGGAAGGACAAGUCAGCAACUUCCCUCGCGGGUUGUGAAACUCAUCGAUCAGCCAUUGUAUUUUCAGCAUAAGGACUUGAGUGUUUCUUUCUAUCAAACCCAACUAAAAAAGAAAGACAAGUCUUGCCCAAGCCGUUGAUGCAGCUUUCUCCUUCCAAUUUUUUCAUCCGUUUUAUGAAACAAGUAGUACUUUGGCCUUUGCUUGUGAUUUGAGGUUCUUGGGUUUUCUUUUUGUACAAAAGUUUUGAUGUUUGGAAUCGGAAAGUGGUCAAGAAGUAGAAUUUGUCUCUCAUGUCUCUGAGACUAUAAAAAAGAUGUGAUUUAUGACCCAUAACCAUAACUCAUGAUGUAUCUACUACAGUUACAAUUUUCGUCUUGCAAAGAAGGAGUAUUGGAUUUUGGAUC